CUGGGUAGAUUGACCACAUUGGUGGUAACUUCAUCUCAUUUCUCUCCCUCGAUGCCUGGCCGCCACCAGCCACUGGAACCAGGGUCUCCACAAUCGCCCGAGCACUUGGAAUCACAGCAGAAACGACCCAAUCCUGAGCUCCGUAGAAAUAUGACCAUCAAAACUGAACUCCCGAUGGGCGCCCGUCGAAAGAUGAAGCCACUGCUCCCGAGGGUCAGCUCAUACCUGGUGCCCAUCCAGUUCCCAGUGAACCAGUCCCUGGUACUGCAGCCCUCGGUGAAGGUGCCAUUGCCUCUGGCGGCUUCACUUAUGAGCUCAGAACUCGCCCGUCACAGCAAGCGAGUACGCAUCGCGCCCAAGGUGCUGCUAGCCAGUGAAGGGAUAGCCCCACUUCCUGCUGCAGAACCCAUGAAGGAGGAGAAACCCCUGCUCGGCGAAGGGUUGCUGCCUCUGCUUCCAAUUCAGUCUAUUAAGGAGGAAGAAAUCCAGCCUGGGGAGGAGAGGCCUAUCAAAGUGGAGAGCCCGCCCUUGGAAGAGUGGCCCUCUCCGUGUGCGUCCCUGAAGGAGGAACUAUCCAACUCCUGGGAAGACUCCUCCUGCUCUCCUACCCCGAAGCCCAAGAAGUCCUACUGUGGGCUCAAGUCCCCAACCCGGUGCGUCUCAGAAAUGCUGGUGACUAAGCGGAGAGAGAAGAGGGAGGUGAGCCGGUCUCGGAGGAAACAGCACCUCCGGCCUCCCUGUCUGGAUGAGCCUGAACUGCUCUUCUCAGAGGACCCCAGCACCUUGCGACCAGCCAUGGAACCCCUCCUCCUGGCAGAGUCUUCAGAGCCUACGCCCCAGCUCAGCUGCCCUCCCGAGGAAGGAGGACCUUUCAAGACCCCCAUCAAGGAGACCUUGCCCGUCUCCUCCACUCCUAGCAAGUCUGUGCUCUCCAGAGACCCUGAGUCCUGGAGGCUCACAUCCCCAGCCAAGGUUGGGGGCUUAGAUUUCAGCCCAGUACGAACCCCCCAGGGCGCCUUUGGUCCCCUGCCUGACUCCCUGGGGCUGAUGGAGCUGAAUACCACACCUCUGAAAAGUGUUCCCCUCUUUGACUCGCCCAGGGAGCUCCUCAACUCAGAACCCUUUGACCUCGCCUCUGACCCGUUCAGCAGCUCUCCGCCCCCACAUCUGGAGGUCCCCAAGCCAGGUUCCCCUGAGCCACAGGCUCCCAGCCUCUCGGCCAACCGUUCUCUCACAGAAGGCCUGGUCCUGGACACAAUGAAUGACAGCCUCAGCAAGAUCCUUCUAGACAUCAGUUUCCCCGGCCUGGAGGACGACCCUCUAGGCCCCGACAACAUCAACUGGUCUCAUUUCAUCCCCGAGUUGAGAUAGAGGCAAGGCCUUGCCCUUGCUGUUCAAUGCCUGCUAUCCUGGCACUUGUGUGGCUGGAUAGUGCAGGCUCAGUGUACCCCAAGCCGUCUGAGGGAAGCUGUCAGGCAAGGGCCGAGCUGUGCCCCUUGACCUAAUUAUGCCAAGAUGAUAGUCACAUCUAAGCCACUGCUGGGACCUAUGCAAGCAAUAGGUCUGAGUCCUCCUCUCUCUGCUGGCAACUGAAUGGUGGGUGUGCCGAAAGCAGUGAUGAUCAGGAAGUGUCCAUUAGUGAUCCACUGCUCCUGGCAGAAUGUCCUCGUAAAUGGUGUAAGUCCCCCAAAUUGUCCUCUAAUUAUAAGCGUAAGCUUAUCUCCUUAGAUUAUUACCCAGAGACUGCCAGGCUGGGUAGGGUCACAAGGGGUUGCACUUAGCUUCUGCUUGCGGCCUUUGCGGGAAGGGCCUGCGGGGCAGUUUCUUCCACACUUGUGGGUUCUGCUGUAGGCUUCUGCGCAUACAGGUUGGCUUGCCAGGAUCCCGCUUACUGCCCUUUCCUCGCAGCUCCCCAUGUUUCCAAGCCAGUGGUCCUGCAAGAAGAAAUCCUGGUGUAAAAGCAUAUUGGAUUUGGGUGUAGGGGGACAGGUGCGCCUGAAGCAAAGCAUGAGUUCCGUUAGGUGUUUCUCUGACAGUGUUCCUAACCAUGCCAGGGAGUGUAGCAUUGAGAACUCAGACUGAAGCCUGAGGAGGAGGAAGGGACCCCUGGCUUCCUUAGCCUACACCUGUGCUAUACAAAGAGCCACCCUAAGUCCCCCCCUCUCUCUCCCCCCUCCCCCGUACAAGCUAGCACACGAACACUACUGUAACUACCUACUGAAUAAAACACAGGUGGCACUGCUGGUCUGAA